AAUCCUUUAAAGUUGCAUGUUUUUCCAUACUAUUAUCAAGUUGAGAAACACUGUAUUAGCAUAACAUUUAGAUAAGAUAAAGCAAUUAUCAAACUGAAUCUUCACUAGAGCACCUCCCAUUAGAGUGCUAUGAAUCUCCACAUCACCAUCAGAGGACAAAGUGCAUAGAAGCACAAUACGGACGGCAGAUUCAACAGUGAGGAGCACGGAGAUCACAAGCACAAGACAAGAAAUGUACAACCAAGGACCAACAAUCGGAAGAAUAAACUUAUCAUACAAUGACCCAGAAGAGCAGGGUCCAUCACAGAAGCCCAGGAUGGGUCAGCCUUUGCCACCACCAUACCAGAAACAUCCUAAUGCUGGAUACUAUGGCCCAGGGCCCGUUCCCAACCCUUCUGGAUAUCCCAGCCAGCCGUACGGAGCUCCAGGUGGCCCUCAGGGCCCGUAUGCUCCUCAGGGUCCGUAUGCUCCUCAGGGUCCGUAUGCUCCUCAGGGCCCGUAUGCUCCUCAGGGCCCGUAUGCUCAACAACAGCCUUAUCCAGGCAUGCCUGCAUAUCCACAAAGACCGAAUGCAGAUCACACUGGGGUCACCAUUCAGCCCACCGUGUUCAUGACCUCCACGUCAGCAGUCACUCCAGUGCCGGAUUACUUGUGCUACUCCAUCUUUACCUUGCUGUUCUGCUGUUGCCCUCUGGGACUUGCCGCUAUCAUCUGCUCGUGCUCUGCUCGAGAUGCUAACAUGUCUGGACAGCAAGACUUAGCGAUCAGCUCCUCCAGAUCGGCGGUGAUCCUGAACACUGUCGCUCUCUUUAUCGGCCUCACAGUCUACAUAAUAACCACUAUCCUUGUACUGACACUAAGACCAGAUUAAGACUAUCAGGGCCUUUGGGCUUUACCUCCUUUCAUCCACCAGAACUAUUGACUACAUUCACUCAAUCUUCUUAAUCACAAAGAGCAAGUUAUCAGCCUUUUAUUUUGCAGAAAUAAAUAGCAUAACAAAACAUCUGAACCGAAAUCUGGCGUCAAAAUCAGGCACAUAAAAAUGUAAAAAAAAAAAAACAUGAUUCCUGGCUGCAUGUCAAUAUUCAUGGAUCACUGGAUCUUUGGUAAGUUGUAACAGGAACACUAUAUCGAGUCCAACCUUUAGUUUAAACCAACAAUCGUUUGUUUUACUCGCGUUUUGUCAGUUUCCCCUAUUAAAUCGAGUCAUGCAGCAGGCUCUUUUGCCACUCAGUCCGGCAGGAAAGAGAUGCAAUUAUAAGUAAUUAUAAGUAAAGUUUAUGUUUUCAAUGAACAGAUGUUGUAUUCUGCAAAUGAAGCUACUCAUGAUUUUGCAGAAGAAAUUAGAAAUUACAAGUAUUUUCAAUUUUUUUUAAAAGGAAAUAAUCCAAUAUAUGUUUAUGUUUUUAUUUAAUGCUGUUGGAUUGAAAACUGUAUGUAAAUUACACAUCAAAAUAAAGCGUUAUAUACUGUAUAUAUACUCUGUAUGAUUCAAAACCAAAAAUAAAAGUUCUGUUUCUCCUAGUCAACAUUUGAAGUGGAUCAAAAAAGUUCAUAAGAAGAAGGUUUUAGAACAACUUUGAUGAAAGGUUUUGAUCCACUUCAAAUGUUGACUACUAUAUUAAUAUACAAGGUAUCCAAAUCUUUUCUAGCAAUAUUUGCAAUUUUGAUCAGCUCAUUAUGACCUUUUUAAAUGUAAUGUACACGCAUUAAUGUGCAAUGCAACAGUCUAAUUUGUUAAAGCUCAUAAUAUUGUCACAUCAAGUUUUUAUCUGACUGGAUAUGGAAACAUAUGAGCCAUGUUCAUGUGUAUGAUCUGUAAUCAUAAGUAGCACAGCUCAUAAUGUUAUUUCUGGACAAGACCAGCUGAGCAUUUAUGGUUGGAGAGGAAUAUGAAAGUAAUGUGCAACACAUUUGUAAAUGAUUACAUUUUAGAUUAUUAUUUAAUCUUAUUUUACUGCAUUGCUUGUUGGCAGGUCAAAUACCGGUUUAUAACCAACCUUUGAACUUGUUUCUGCAUGUUUCUGUAUGAGGGCUGCAAACUUAUUUACAUACUCUCUCCAAUAUACUUUCACUUUCAUCAGAGUAAAUUUAGAUAAACUGGGUGACAGUCAACUCAGUAGCUCAGCUUACCUGAAUUCACAAAUCAUAAGCUACUAUUGAAAUACAGCUGUAAAAUCAAUUUGUUAAACAAAACUGACAAUCUAAAAGAACUAGAACUGAUAUGCACAUUAAAAAAAUUAAAAACCAGAAUGUGUUGUAUAAAUCCCAAUUCUGUCUACUGUAUG